AUGAGGCAAACAGUCUCUGCUUUGAUUCAACUCUGCAACCUGAGUGAAGGUGUAGGGAGUGAAGUCUCAGAUAAGAGUACCUGUGUGAGCCUCACUACCCAGCGACUGCCAGUCAACAGAAUCAAGCUCCUUGAAAGCAGUAAUGUGAGUUUGUCUCCACAGAAUUUUAUUACCAAACGUGGCCUAAAAGUCUGUGCUGAUCCACAAGCCAGGUGGGUGAAAGACGUGGUCAAGAGCAUGGACAGGAAAUCCAACACCAGAAAUAACAUGAUCCAGACCAAGCCAACAGGAACCCAGCAAUCGACCAAUACAGCUGUGACCCUGACUGGGUAGUAGCCUCUGGCACCCUGUCCCUCUCCAGCCAGCAAGCUCAUUUCACUUCACACACGCAUGGACUGAGUUUAUACUCACCUUUUAUGAAAGUACUGCAUGAAUAAAAUUAUUCCUUUGUAUUUUUACUUUUAAAUGUCUUCUGUAUUCACUUAUAUGUUCUAAUUAAUAAAUUAUUUAUUAUUAAGAAUA